AAGGCCCAAAGCACGAAGCUGUCGCUCCUGUACGUACUGAUGUAUACUCUUAACAAAGGCAACGAAGAGGUUAACGAUAAUAACAGUGGUCGGCUGAGGAAUCGACUUUGAAAAACGCAAGAGAAGCGUGAUUUAUUUAUUUAUUUCUGUACGUCACUGCUUGUAAUCGAAUUUAAAUUAAACAGUUAAUUCACUAUGAAGAGGAGCAUGUUAGGAAAUAGAAGAGAGGGAGUGAAUAAGACGUUGAGAAGGCGCGAGCGUACGAGAACGUUAUACAAACGAAAAUUUAGUGAGCCUUUAAAGAGAAAGCAGAAAAAUUUGUACAACCCAAAAGAAGAGGCCAGAUUAGAGAGAGUCGUGUUUGGUGAUCCCAGUGACAUCAUAAACAAUUUAAUCGACAAGGAAGAUCUCGUUCAACCAAAUAUUAAAGAAAAUGACUAUGACGCUCCUAUAGAUGAUGCAUGUGAUGAUUCGAAUGAACACAGUGAAGAACACGGAAAGAGAGCAGCAUGGGUUGACGAAGACGACGUUCAAUAUUCUGUACAAGAUGCUGCAAAAGCGCAAAAUCGUCGACUAGCAGACGAUGUGCCAGAAAAGUUAUACAAAGAUUAUUUGAGUAACAAGUAUAAACAGUUGGUAGGCACUCCAAAAUGGGCUGAGCUUAAUAAAACUGACAAAGAGUCGUCCGAUGAUUUGGACAAUGAUAUAUUAAAGCACAGUUGUCAUUUGGAGAGAGCGAUAAUGAGAAAUUUGCCGAAGAGUGUAAUCGAUAUAAAAGCAUUGACACCAAUCAACAAGGAAACACAUACGGAAGGGCCUGUCGUAUCGAGCGUUGAAUUUCAUCCAUCUUCUACCGUGGCCCUUGUCGCAGGUUCAUCUGGAAUCCUGUCUCUCUUUCAGGUCGACGGUGUUGAAAAUAAUAAGUUGCACACGAUGCGAUACGAGAAGUUUCCUAUUAGUUCAGCAAAGUUUUUAAGAGACGGCACAGAGGUUUUAGUCGGUUCACAAUAUCAUCCCCAUUGUCACUCGUAUAAUUUGUUAAGUGGAAAGACGCACAGAAUCCAGUUGCCACAUGGGAUAACCAACAUGCAGAAAUACGAAGUAUCUCCGGAUGGAAAAUUGCUAGCCAUUUGCGGACGAUCAGGUGAAAUUUACUUACUGUCAGCCUCGUCCAACGAACUGAUCAGUACUUUGAAGAUGAACGCAAAGUGCAGAACGUUGUGUUUUACACCAGACGGUAGAAGGCUCGUUACACAUGGCGACAGCAACGAAAUGUAUAUUUGGGACGUGAACGGCCGUGCAUGUCUUCACCGAGCCGUGGACAAUGGAUGCUUAUCUUGUACAUCUGUCGCGAUGUCUCCGAGUGGUCAAUUUUUAGCGACAGGUAGCAAGGAGGGCGUAGUAAAUCUGUACAACGUCGAACAGGUCCUCAACAAUCAACAUCCUGUUCCUUUGAAGAUCGUUUUCAACUUUACGACGUCAAUUACCAGCCUAAAAUUUAAUGCUCACUCGGAAAUCUUGGCAAUGGCUUCGGACAAGAAACAUAACGCGUUCAAAAUGAUGCAUCUGCCAUCGUUUACAGUCUUUUCGAAUUUUCCAACGUUUCAAACCAAUAUACUAAUGCCCGAAGCUAUCGAUUUUUCACCAGCCAGCGGAUACUUGGCGAUUUCCAACAGAUCGAGUAGUGCCUUUUUAUACAGAUUAAAACAUUAUGGUAAUUAUUAACAAUAAAACCAGUGAACACUA